AUGAGCCCAAAGAACGACUCCGGUUUCAAGGUCGAGCCUUUCGACGGCUCGAAUUAUGGGUUGUGGAGUUACAAGAUGAAGAUGUACCUGAUGUCGAAGGGACUGUGGGGCGCGAUCGCGGGCGAUGAGACAACAAGUGCGGCCAAGGAACAGCAAGCCCACGCCGCGAUCGUGCUGAAUCUGCGCGAUUCGCAGUUGAUGCAUGUCAUCGACUCGGCUACCGCAAGAGAAGCGUGGGGACGUCUGGCGCGAUUUCAUCACAGUCAUGACAUGGCGAAUCGACUUUGCUGA